AUGGGUGUGAUCAGUUAUGAUAUGGAGGUUAACUCCUCAAUCCCUGCUACCAAGAUGUUCAAGGCCUUUGUCCUUGAUGCCGACAACCUCAUCCCCAAGAUCUUGCCACAAGCAAUUAAGAGUGUUGAAAUCAUCCAAGGGGAUGGUGGAGUUGGAACUGUCAAGGUCAUCUCCUUUGGCGAAGGUACCCAAUUCAAGAGCGUGAAACACCAAGUUGAUGGGCUUGACAAAGAGAACUUUGUCUAUAGUUAUAGCAUCAUCGAAGGUGAUGCUUUGAUGGGUGUGCUUGAGAAAAUAUCUUACAAGAUCAAGAUCGAAGCUUCCUCUAAUGGAGGAUCCCUAUGCAAGAACAACAGCAAAUACCACACCAAAGGUGACGUUGGGAUCACGGAGGACCAAAUCAAGGGUGGCAAAGAGAAGGCCUUGGGAAUGUUCAAGGCUGUUGAGGCCUACCUCUUGGCAAAUCUGGAUGGCUACAACUAA